AUGCAACUCCUGACCUGGUACCCCCGGGAUGGCGAGGUGAUCCAACCCUUCCAAGUCCUCCCCCCGCACCGCGAGGUCAUUCCAUGCUUCCAAGUCCUCCCGUCGCAGAGCGCUACAUACACCUUCAAGGCCCUCUCACCGACGACCAUGAAGUAUUCAGAUGGAUCCACCAGGACUGGGCUCGAGUGGCGUGAAUUCGAGGUUGAGCUGCCCCCUCCGUCGUGCGACGGCCCGGACAAGGUGGCAAGCCUCUCAUUCACUCAACUCGCCAGCGGGACCUCGGGCGAGACCUGUUUCGACAUGGAGUGCUCAGAGGGUAUGGUGACUGUCCGAAGGAACGCCAGUGGCCAGCCCCAAGCCUUGAGUGUUGGAGCUGACGCCUUCCCCGCCGCACUUGUGCAGCCGGGUGCCUACCCGCUGGAGGCCACAACGUGGUCUCUGUUCGAACGGCUGGAGCCAAAGGAGACCAUCUCUGGAAGGACAAUGGUCGGCCCGAUCCUGAUCGACAGGACGGGCGCGGAAGAUUGGAUGACGACGACGGGAGUACAUGGAGAGGGUCUCGUCAAGUACUCUUCCAUACCCGCUCGGUCGGCUUCGAGGUCGGCGAGCCCGAUGGCCCGAUGGCGCCAGCUGUGUGGCGUCGACGAGAUGACGUCCGAAAGUCGAGCGGAAUGA